AUGGUCGGGCUGGUCUUUUUCAGCAUAUUCGCUCUCCUUGCUUCCACUGGUUCUGCGUACGACGUCAUUCGAGAGUACUCUGGGAGUACCUUCUUUGAUGGAUGGGAUUUUUACGGCGCCCCCGACAACCUGACACUUGGCAAUGUCACCUGGCUCUCCGAAACAGAUGCCAUUAGCCAGGGGCUUGCAUAUGUGAAUAACCAAGGCCACGUCAUCCUCAAGGUGGACAACACGACCAACGUGACAUAUGGCCAAGAACGAAACUCCGUACGAAUAACAACUCAAGACGCAUAUGAACUUGGCAGUUUGUGGCUCAUAGAUGUAAACCAUAUCCCUUACGGUUGUUCGGUGUGGCCAGCAUUUUGGAGCUUCGGUCCAAAAUGGCCCGACGAUGGCGAGAUCGAUAUAAUAGAAGGCAUCAAUCUCAUGACGUAUAAUCAGAUGGCAAUUCACACUACGGCGGGUUGUACACACUCGGGAUCGGUUGGUCAGCUCGGCACAAACGGACCAACUACCGAUUGUUCCCAGCCGUCGGGGUGCACCCGACCAGACAUUCCACUGUCUAUAAGCCAAGCCACGUCUACUUCGUCGCUCGAUUUAUCAGACUGGGGAACUCCUCACGCAAAUUUUUCUUCCUCGACUUGCAAUAUGAUUGCAUUUUUCACACCUCAAAAUCUCGUGCUCGACAUUACUCUGUGUGGUGAUUGGGCGGGUUUGAGCUGGGAUUAUGACCCGACAUGUGGGAGCUCUGGUCCAACAGGGUUAUGUUAUAACGACUGUGUUGUUGGUCCAGGAAGCCCGCUUUACGACACUGCCUACUGGGAUAUUUCAUACAUUCGUACCUACACGAGCAGUGUUUCUACCCCAUCUCCCUCUGGGUCUCCAGCAUCCUCAUCCUCGUCUGCUACUCGAACUAGCACGACUGCGACUAGCAUAUCCUCAGCUGCUUCUACAGACACCAACAUCGCGGACACUCCACCCUUCCUACAGCCAAUAGGGUCAGGCGAACCUCAUUUGUAUCUUCUGCGCCGUGGUAACUCUGAGCUGAGUUUAUGGAACGCUUAG